CAUACCCUAAGCCCCUCUCUUCCUCGAGUCACACUGACACCGCCUUACUUCAUAGCUAAUCAAGCUAAAGGAGAGAAAAACAUCCCUUACUUAGCCAAUUUGCGCAAUCAUGGGACAUCAGAAGCCUGCAUGGUUGGAAGCCCUCUACGUGCAGAAAUUCUUCUCCCCUUGCUCAAUUCACGAAGCUGCCAAGAAAAACGAGAAGAAUAUAUGUUGCUUGGAUUGCUGCACGAGCAUUUGCCCUCACUGCGUCCUGUCUCAUCGAUCCCACAGGUUGCUGCAGAUUCGUCGGUACGUUUACCAUGAGGUUGUCCGGUUGGAGGACCUUGAGAAGCUUAUGGACUGCUCCAACAUUCAGGCCUAUACGAUCAACGCUGCGAAAGUGGUGUUCAUCAAGAAGAGGCCUCAAAACAGACAGUUCAAAGGGUCUGGAAACUAUUGCACGUCCUGUGACCGGAGCCUCCAAGAACCCUUUAUCCAUUGCUCUCUAGGUUGCAAGGUUGAUUUUGUGCUUAAACACCACAAGGAUCUCUCUCCUUUCUUGAGAGUGUGCAAAACUCUACAACUUAGUCCAGAUUUCUUCAUUCCUCAAGACAUGGGAGACGACGAAACGACGAACGAAACACCUCAUUCGACCAUUGUGGACAGCAGCGACGAGCACUUGAGCUCGACGUCGGGCUCGUCGGGCUCCGAGAACAUGAGCUUUGCUUGCACUGAGUUUGUAAGGAAGAAGAGAAGUGGACUGUAUGUUUGUGGAAGAUUGGCUAGUAAGAUAUCGGACGAGGACAUGGCCACUAGCAUGAGCAGAAGGAAAGGAGUUCCUCAUAGGUCACCUUUGUGUUAGAAAAUUGAGGGGAAAAAUAAAAAAAUAAUAAUAAUUAUUAUUAAUUACUAUUUUUUUCCGGAAAUUAGGAAAAGAAAAUCAUAUCAGUUUCCUGCGGCAUUUUGGGUUAAUUAUUGUUAAACACUUGGUCGGGGUCUUUUGUCUUAAUGGCAUCACGUGUUUCCCAUUUCCCAAGUUAGGGUUUUGUACAUUUUCUUGAUUUUCUUUUUCAACUUACAUUUUAGUAUGGUGAUUAUGUAGAGACUUUUUUGGUGUUUCUAUGUAAGGUGCCUCUGCUGUCUCAAGUCUCGAACCCCCAAAAAUCAGACAAUUUAGUAAAGGAAUAAAAUAACUAUAGACAAUAUUUUAUGUUGCAACUUGUUUUAUUUUAUGGCCC